AUGCAAACUAAAAUACUGAGCUCAGACACACAAACCAAAUACCAAGUUCAAAUAUGUGAACAGAUCCGUUACACUAACUCAAGACGAUAUCUCGAUGUUUGCGUCGCACCUUUGAACCGCUCUCUGUUCAGCAGGUGGAGGCACCGCUCGGUCUCUGACAAAACAGGUCAGUUUGAGGACAUCCAGGACGUCAUUUCCCGCUACAAGCUGCUGGUGAGGACGCGCAAGGACCUGCAGCAGUCACAAGAGAAGGACAAGGAAAUGAUUAAGCAAACCAAGGUGCUCCUGGACCGGUACGAGGCAGAGAAAGAAGCUGAGACCCUGCAGUACCAAAAUGAGCUGGAGCAGCUCCACCAACGUUUUGCACAGGCUCAAAGUGAUGUCCGCUCCUGGACUGCUCGCUGGGCUGACAUCCAGAACAGGAAUGCCAAGAAUGCCCUGAUGCUGACAACUAUGAAGACAGCCAUCCACAACCUCUUCCAGUGCGUGAAUAAGUAGCUGAAAGCAAAAGUGCAUGUGCCGGAGGAUGACAGCCUCAGACAGCUGGACAUGGUAGAGCCAAGCCAGACCCCCCUCCCUGCCCAGAAAGAGCAGCAGUAAUGACCCUCAGCUGCCCAAAGGGAGGGGAAAGCCCAGAGAAAUCAAGGUGCCCAACAGACACUUUCCGUUCCACCUGGGCUGUCCCUUGGGCACGGGGAAUGGGUGGAGGACACCAGGCAAACCUGUCUCAUCCCAGGAGGCAGAGCAGGGGGUGGGUGCCUGUUGGGAGCUGGGCAGGCUGGGGCAGGGGGUGCAGAUCCGCCCAUGGCUACAGUCUGGCUUCAUUCAGCCCUCUGACUCACCUGUAAAAGCCCAUUCUGGUGGUGCAGAUCCAGCAGGGCAAUUGCCUUUGUCCUCCUGCUCACUUUGGUUGGUGAAAUUUGCACUCCAAAAGGGCCAGUGGGCUCCUCUCUGCCUCCUGUUCCCACCCCUGCUCUGACCUCUACCAUCUCUCUUCCCUACCUUAGAUUCAGCAGUCUAUCCUAGACCUCAAAGACAUUGUUACGGAGGUGAAACGAAGGACAUGGAGAGCCACCGGCGAGCAGCUAAGCACGAGCAUUAAGGGCAAGAGGAGGACAGAGAGCCCUGUGGAUGUUGUGUUAUGUCCGUGAAGUUUCAAAACCUUUCUAGCUCUUUUGUCCUGCCCAGCUGAUGAGUCCCUUUCAUACUAU